UUUUUUAAAAAAAAAAAAAUCAAGUUAAUUGCUUUAAUUUACAAUUUUAAGCUGGGGUUUUGGCUUGGAUUCUUCUGUAAUGAGGGUUGUAUGUUAUAUUGGCUCAGAAAUCAGAGACGUGCAGAACAUUCAAACUAGGAAUUUUUUUUUUUUUUUUUGAAUAAUUAUGAUUUUAUAUUUAGUGGGUGUUAUUUGUGUUUUUGUUUGGUUGAUUAAUGAGCAGAGCAAAGCUCUUGAGAAGUGAUAAAAUUUACAUACUAGUAGUUUUCCGUUAGUUGCUUUGGUUACAUACAAGAAAAAAAAGAGGAAUUCGUAAAUUUUUGCACUUUUACUUGGUUUUUUUCAUUAAUGUUUGGUUAUCUUUGGGUAAUAAUAUUUCAAUUUGGAUCAAGGGUCUAAUGGAAUCAACUGCCUGUAAAUCUGUAAUCAUACAACUAUGACUCCCUAGCCUAUAUUAGGCACGCAUUCUUCAAAUAUAAAGCGUCGAAAAAAUGUGUAUGAUGGCAUAAUUGUAAUGUAUUGGAGAAAAUUUCCUUGACAAGCAUCCUUAUAAAUUCAUGCUGGAACUUUUUGUUAAAAUCUUUUAAGUUCCAUUGAUCGUUCUUGCAGUAUUGUAGUCCUUUUAAAGAUACUACUAUACUAGACUUUUUACUUUUCAGAAAUUCCAUUAAAGGAAAAUGUUCUGAUAAAAUCAUCUUGGUUCUCUGCCCUUCUGCAUAAUAUAAGGCACUGCGGCUAUUAUAAUUUUACACGAUUUGCAGGCUAGCCAUCAGCUAAAGUGAAAAUUUUCUCAAUAACUAUGUGAUUGUGGAUACUCCAGGAAUAAUUUGGUUAGUUCUUUCUUAAAUUAGGAUGGUUUUGUGUCUUGAUGGAUUUCGAAAGAUUUGGGGAAAAAAAAUUGAUGUGUCUUCGAUGGAUGUGAUAAUAACCGACGUUUACAAGAAUAACAACAUUUGUGUCUUAUUAACUAUAGUCUCGCUACCAGUUAUUCAAAACCCUAUUCUGUUGAUACCUUUAUUUUGUUGUUCGUCUCAAGGUUCCUACUCCAUGGUACGGGAACUGUGUAGGAGAGGCGAAAUUCUGUAGGUCUAAGACAGAUUGAUGGUACUUAAUUUCUAGUGCCUAUAUUAAAGAUAUUUGUCAAUGUAGAUCAUGGAUGUGUUAUAGACUUACCGUACUUUAUAUGGUUCAGAUGAUUCAAGUGCCAUUAAUUUUCCUCUGGAGUUACAAGAUAUUCAAUUCCAUCUCACCCUGGCCUCUAUUAUUUCUUCAUCUUUCUCCCUUUGUGUCUGUCAUUCUCAUAGCCCCACAAGACAAGGUUGAUGAUAAUUUGGUCAAUUUGUUGAUGUAAACUGAGCUUGAAGUUAUCAAUGUGUUAACUUAAUAGCUUUGACAUCCCUUUGGCUGCUGGUGGUCUUUCCUUUCUGGAACAUGGUAGGCCAAGUUAUCUAUUAAAUGUGCAAUUAAUUGGAAGUCUUGUGAGUUACCUUGUAAGUCUUUUAACCUAAAGCUGAGCUUUAAUUGUGUUUUGUUUGUGGGAGGCAUGCCUCUUGCACUUGCCAAGGGUCUUUAAUUAGGUAUUUGAUGGCGAGCUAGUCCUAUGCAUACAAUAAAAUUUGAGCAGAAAGCUUGUCCAUAUAAUUUCUGGGUUGCUUUUUGUGGCUGCCUGGCCUCUUUUCAGAAUAGCGCCUCACCAGAAGCUCGGUAUUUUGCGUCUCUUGCUCCAUUUAUAAAUGGUUUGAGACUUGUGGUCAAUGGACUCUCACUUGCAACAGAUGAAGGCCUCCUCAAAUCUGUUACUCGAGAAGGCAAACCUGAGGAAUUGCUACGAGGUCCGUUAUACUAUGUUCUGAUUCUAGCUUUAUCUGCCAUUUUCUUCUGGCGUGAUUCUCCAGUUGGCCUGUUGUUAUUGGCAAUGAUGUCUGGCGGUGAUGGAAUUGCUGAUAUCAUGGGAAGAAAAUUCGGUUAUGUGAAGUUACCUUAUAACCAGAAAAAAAGUUGGGCCGGUAGCAUUUCAAUGUUUACCUUUGGUUUCUUGAUAUCUAUGGGGAUGCUUUACUACUUUUCAGUCCUGGGUUACUUCCAGUUUGAUUGGAAUCUCACAGCCCAAAGGGUUGCAGUAGUUUCUUUCGUAGCAACAGUUGUUGAAUCGCUUCCAACAGCAGAGCAAAUUGAUGAUAAUAUAUCAGUCCCUCUCGCAACCAUGGUUACGGCAUACCUCUGUAUGUAGAUUAUGGUCUGAAAGACUGCUCUUCCCCAACAUCUCAAGGAAACUCCUAAUGUUUGAUUGUCCAUCCAAGAUCCAACCCUCAUCGUCUUUUGUUACAAUACUUUAAAUUUUGUUGGCGUAUCUGACAGUCUUUUAUUGAUUUUGAGUAAUGGCUUUAAUGAUUUUAUUGAUGAAUUAGUUUAAUACGUAAACAUAAAUCGAUCAUUAAAUCAUUUAAAUAUCAUAAGAUGCUUGUGGGGAGCCAACAUCCUAUACUUUUUUUCUUUUGUUUUUUUAAAGAAACCUCUCUUUUUUUCCUUAAUGUCGUAUGACUUUGUAUUGACAUUUUUUUGUGAAUCCAACCUUUGGUUUCUUGAA